AUGGCGGCGAUCAAGCGUUCACUGAACGUCGGCGUGGUGGGCAUGGGCAACAUGGGCGUCCCCAUCGCCCGCAACCUCGGCUUCAAGGCCCGCAGCGCGAUGUACCUCCAGAUACACAGCCGCACGCUCAGCAAGGCUCGCCGCGUCUGCGACGACCUUUCGGUGGAUGGCGCUUCGUGUGCCAUGCGCAUCCAUGAUCGCUAUGCGACCAUGACGAAGUGGUGCGAUGUGAUGCUGCUGGUGUUGGCUGACGUGCAUGCGGCACGGCAUGCCCUUUUGGAGGACGACGAGGCACUCCUUCGCAACGCACGCAAGGGCCAGAUCAUAGUGGAUCACACCACGGUGGACAUUGAGACGUCUCGCGAGUGCGCGUACGAGGCCGAGAGGCGGGGUGCGUACUUUCUGGACGCCCCGAUGAGCGGCAGCCCGCGCGCCUGCUUUAACGGCCAGCUGGUGCUGAUGGUUGGCGGCCACGCAGAGUCGUUUCAAAAGAUGCUGCCGAUAUUUCACAUGUACGCCGACAACGUCCAUCACAUGGGCGCCAGCGGCAGUGGGUCGGCGACCAAGAUGAUUACGCAGGCCCUUGUCGCCUCGCACAACGCGGCGGCCGCCGAGGCGCUGCUCAUGGCGCACCGACUGGGCGUGGAGGAUCAAAACAAACUCGUCCAGGUGCUGGAUGCCUCGUGGGGCUCGAGUACGAUGCUGCGCCGCAACGCGGCGUUGCUGCAGGACCUGGUGCGCAACCCCGACAAGGCCCCGCCGACCUCCACCGCCAGCGUUGACCGAUUGCUAGAGGACCUCGCUCUCCUUGAUGCGUCCCUGCCGAAGCGAACGCCGACGGCCGCCGCGGCAGAAGGCGCAGAAGUCGAUGAGCCCUUCCCCGUCUUGGACACGGCGCUUCGUUCACUGGCGGCCGCCUCUGAUGCGGGGAUGGGCGAUCGCGAUAUCGCCGCUGUGGUGCACUACGUUCAGGCGGGGGAGGUGGAGCUGCGCAGCCGCCGUGCGACGCGGCCGGAGGGCGACGACGCCGCGGGGCAAAAUGCGGCGGUAACUCAGAGCACGACGGCGGCGGCAACCGCCGUUGCUCAGCCCGUUGAGUUUGGCGAAGAGGACUUUUACUAG